CAGAGCCAGGGUAGAGUUUAAUCCCUGUUCAGGCACAUUCACCAGGUCUAUACCCUACGUCCUUCCAUGGCCCUGACGAAGAAACUUAAGUGUUUCUGGACACUCGGCCUAUGUUUGGCAGUCAGCAAACUUUCCAAACUGGUCAAAGUUCCCAAAGUGCCAACUAUCUAUGACCCGGGAUUUAUACACGAGUGUGUCGACCGCCAUAACGAAAUGCGAGGCAAGGUGACGCCCUCGGCAGCCAAUAUGCAUUACCUGCAUUGGGACAAGGACUUAGCACGAUUGGCCAAAUCAUGGACUAGGAAGUGCAAAUAUUCACAUAAUCCCUGUACUGCAAAGCGAUAUAGUUGCACUGUGGAUUUUGACUUUAUUGGAGAAAAUAUGUAUUUAGGGCCAAUAAACAGUACACCAAAGGAAGUUAUUUCUCUUUGGUAUAGUGAAAGAAAAUAUUAUAAUUUUGAGGAUAUGACCUGUUCUAAAGUUUGUGGCAAUUACACACAGGUAGUUUGGGCCAAUACAUUUAAAGUUGGAUGUGCAAUUUCAAAUUGUCCUAAUCUCUUGGGAAGAUCAGCUGCCCUAUUUGUGUGUAAUUAUGCACCAGCAGGAAAUGAGAAGAACACCAGUCCUUACAUAAAAGGGGAAUUCUGCUCCAUGUGUAAAGCGGAAGACUGUUUCACGUGACUGAGAGAGCAAC